UCGGAUCGUGUUCAAGCCUCCUGUACUUAGCAUUCUUCGUAGUCGCGUAUGAUAUUUCGAGCUGUCGACCUGUCGAGAGGGAUUCUCGAUCACGGUGGAAUCAAAGGUUAUAACCUGUCAUCGUCGCCAUCGUCAUCGGCGUCGCCGACGUCGUCGUCGUCAGUCUCGAUCAGCUGCUUCGCGGGUAGCCGUCCAAUAGCGGUGCUUCCAGGCGUUCACACGUCGACAGAGCCUACGUGCUAGAACUGAAGGGUCCGGAGAGCACGAAGGCGAGAAGAAAUGAGUUGGACGUGACACAAUGACAUGAUGAAGAGCCUGGUGGGGAUCAUGUGGAUAGUGUUGGUGCUCAUAUCAGGAUGUUCAGGAAAUCCAGAUGCGAAGCGACUGUACGACGACCUCCUGUCGAAUUACAACAAGCUGGUUCGUCCAGUGGUCAACGUCACAGACGCCCUCACCGUUAAAAUCAAGCUCAAACUCUCGCAGCUGAUCGAUGUAAAUCUCAAAAAUCAAAUCAUGACGACCAACCUAUGGGUGGAGCAGUCAUGGUACGAUUACAAGUUAAAAUGGGAUCCAAAGGAAUAUGGUGGGGUGGAGAUGCUGCACGUGCCAUCCGAUCAUAUAUGGAGGCCCGAUAUAGUUUUGUACAACAAUGCCGACGGUAAUUUCGAGGUGACGCUGGCAACGAAGGCGACGCUGAAUUACACAGGGAGGGUCGAAUGGAAGCCACCGGCCAUAUACAAGUCUUCCUGCGAGAUCGACGUAGAAUAUUUCCCGUUCGACGAGCAGACAUGUGUCAUGAAGUUCGGCUCGUGGACUUACGAUGGCUUCCAGGUCGAUCUUCGACACAUCGACGAGAUCCAUGGCAGCAACGUCGUCGAAAUCGGCGUCGAUCUGACGGAGUUUUACACUUCCGUCGAGUGGGACAUCCUCGAAGUCCCAGCCGUGAGAAAUGAAAAAUUUUACACGUGCUGCGACGAGCCCUACCUCGACAUCACGUUCAACAUCACCAUGAGACGGAAGACUCUAUUUUACACCGUCAACCUUAUAAUACCGUGCAUGGGCAUCUCGUUUCUCACGGUGUUGGUCUUCUAUCUGCCAAGCGACAGUGGCGAGAAGAUCAGCCUAUCAAUUUCGAUUUUACUGUCGCUGACUGUGUUCUUCCUCCUGCUGGCCGAAAUUAUCCCGCCCACAUCGCUCGUGGUACCGCUUCUCGGUAAAUUCGUCCUUUUCACCAUGGUCCUAGACACCGUCAGUAUAUGCGCAACCGUGUUAGUCCUCAAUGUUCACUUCCGGUCGCCACAGACGCACGUGAUGGCACCGUGGGUCCGUCGUGUUUUUAUCCAUGUUCUGCCAAGACUACUGGUGAUGCGCAGGCCGCAGUACCAAAUAGACAAACGUAGCAUGGGUGGCCAUCACAGUCAACGAAUGAUGGUUAGAACGUGCAAUGGUCUCGAAUUACGAGAUCCUUCUCUCUUUGUAGAGACUUCGGCUUCGGAGUUGGUCGAAUCCUCCGUUCUGUUCCCGAGUCUCGAUUCGCGGGACGAAUUACACCCUCGGGAAUUGGAAGCUGUGAAUUUAGGAAGUGCGUGUCGCAUUCACGGUUCACCAGCGGCCACGGCUGCUCCUCCACCGCAACUGCUGACCGAGGAGAGCGUGGACGCUCUCUGUAACACUCUUCAUCAUUGGCAUCACUGCCCAGAACUGUAUAAGGCUAUCGAAGGCAUUCGUUUUAUUGCUGAUCACACAAAGAGAGAAGAGGACUCUACCAGAGUCAAAGAAGAUUGGAAGUACGUCGCGAUGGUGCUUGACAGGUUAUUCCUGUGGAUUUUUACACUAGCCGUGCUUGUCGGUACAAUCCUGCAGGCGCCAACACUGUACGACGAUCGCAUUCCCAUUGACGUGCAACUAUCUAAGAUUGCUUCCACCACUGCCAAGCCACACAUCGUCACGAGUCUCUGAGAGACAAUUGUUCAAUUUCGUUACUUUCACGUACGACGCAUGCUCACAUACACACACAUGCGUUUACACAUCCACAUACAUAUACAUUGUCUUACGAAACAACGUAAGAACAAAUAUGAAAUGCGUUCACGUUGACCAGGGACUCUUUUUGAAAAUGGUACUUAUAGGUUGUACAGAAAAUCUGUUAAUAUUAAUUGACACCGAUAACCUCCGAUCACCAUUUUGUUAAAUUUGAAUGACCUAACA